GGGAGGGAGCGCACGCGGCGGGGGCGGGAUCUGCAGAGUGCUGAGCUGCAGCAGCCGAGCCGGACGUGUCCGCGAAGAUGGCGGGCCGGAGUAUGCAAGCUGCAAGAUGUCCCACAGAUGAAUUAUCUUUAACCAACUGUGCAGUUGUGAAUGAAAAGGAUUUUCAUUCCAGCCAGCAUGUGGUUGUGAGGACCUCUCCCAAUCACAGGUACACAUUUACUCUGAAGACCCAUCCAUCAGUGGUUCCAGGGAGCAUUGCAUUCAGCUUACUUCAGCGAAAAUGGGCUGGACUUUCUAUUGGACAAGAAAUAGAAGUCUCUUUAUAUACAUUUGACAAAGCCAAACAGUGUAUUGGCACAAUGACCAUGGAGAUUGAUUUCCUGCAGAAAAAAAGCAUUGACUCCAAUCCUUAUGAUACCGACAAGAUGGCAGCAGAAUUUAUUCAGCAAUUCAACAACCAGGCCUUCUCAGUGGGACAGCAGCUUGUGUUUAGCUUCAAUGAAAAGCUUUUUGGCUUACUGGUGAAGGAUAUUGAAGCCAUGGAUCCUAGCAUCCUGAAAGGAGAGGCUGCAACAGGUAAAAGACAGAAGAUUGAAGUAGGACUGGUUGUUGGAAACAGUCAAGUUGCAUUUGAAAAAGCAGAAAAUUCAUCACUCAAUCUUAUCGGCAAGGCUAAAACUAAGGAAAAUCGCCAGUCUAUCAUCAAUCCUGAUUGGAACUUUGAAAAAAUGGGAAUAGGAGGUCUGGACAAAGAAUUUUCUGAUAUUUUUCGACGAGCAUUUGCUUCCCGAGUAUUUCCUCCAGAGAUUGUGGAGCAGAUGGGUUGUAAACAUGUUAAAGGCAUCCUGCUAUAUGGGCCCCCAGGUUGUGGUAAAACUCUCUUGGCUCGACAGAUUGGCAAGAUGUUGAAUGCAAGAGAGCCCAAAGUGGUCAAUGGGCCAGAAAUUCUUAACAAAUAUGUGGGUGAAUCAGAGGCUAACAUUCGCAAACUUUUUGCUGAUGCUGAAGAGGAGCAAAGGAGGCUUGGUGCUAACAGUGGUUUGCACAUCAUCAUCUUUGAUGAAAUUGAUGCCAUCUGCAAACAGAGAGGGAGCAUGGCUGGUAGCACUGGAGUUCAUGACACUGUCGUCAAUCAGUUGUUGUCCAAAAUUGAUGGGGUGGAGCAACUAAACAACAUCCUUGUCAUUGGAAUGACCAAUAGACCAGAUCUGAUAGAUGAGGCUCUCCUUCGACCUGGAAGACUGGAAGUUAAAAUGGAGAUAGGCUUGCCAGAUGAAAAAGGUCGACUACAGAUCCUUCACAUCCACACAGCAAGGAUGAGAGAUCAUCAGUUACUCUCUACUGACGUAGACAUUAAAGAACUGGCUGUGGAAACCAAGAAUUUCAGUGGUGCUGAACUGGAGGGUCUGGUGCGAGCAGCACAGUCCACUGCUAUGAACAGACAUAUAAAGGCCAGUACUAAAGUGGAAGUGGACAUGGAGAAGGCAGAGAGCCUGCAAGUAACAAGAGGAGACUUCCUCGCUUCGCUGGAGAAUGAUAUCAAACCAGCAUUUGGCACAAACCAAGAGGAUUAUGCAAGUUACAUUAUGAAUGGAAUAAUCAAAUGGGGUGACCCAGUUACUCGAGUUCUGGAUGAUGGGGAGCUUUUGGUCCAGCAGACUAAAAACAGUGAUCGUACACCACUGGUUAGCGUUCUUUUGGAAGGCCCUCCUCACAGUGGGAAGACUGCUUUAGCUGCAAAGAUUGCAGAGGAAUCCAACUUCCCCUUCAUCAAGAUCUGUUCUCCUGAUAAGAUGAUUGGCUUUUCUGAGACAGCCAAAUGUCAGGCCAUGAAGAAGAUCUUUGAUGAUGCAUACAAAUCUCAACUCAGUUGUGUGGUUGUGGAUGACAUUGAGAGAUUACUUGAUUAUGUCCCCAUUGGCCCCCGAUUUUCUAAUCUGGUAUUACAGGCUCUUCUUGUGUUACUGAAAAAAGCACCACCUCAGGGCCGCAAGCUUCUUAUCAUUGGGACCACUAGCCGCAAAGAUGUCCUUCAGGAAAUGGAAAUGCUUAAUGCCUUCAGCACCACCAUCCAUGUGCCCAAUAUUGCCACAGGAGAGCAGCUGUUGGAAGCUUUGGAGCUUUUGGGUAACUUCAAGGAUAAAGAACGUACAACAAUUGCACAACAAGUCAAAGGGAAGAAAGUCUGGAUAGGAAUCAAGAAGUUGCUAAUGUUGAUCGAGAUGUCCCUGCAGAUGGAUCCUGAGUACCGCGUGAAAAAAUUUUUGGCCCUCUUAAGAGAAGAAGGAGCGUCUGAGAGACCAAGCAAGGAAGUUGGUUCUGUUGGUUUGCUCUCCCUGUCCUGCUUCGCAAAACUUCCUUGUCAGAAUGCAGGAAAAAAUUUGAUGUAGCCCCCUUGACUUUGAAAGUGGACUACAGUGACCAAGGGAAGUGACCAAAGUGAAGAUGGCCUGGAAUCUUCAUUCAUCUUGCUCAAGAUACUGGACUAAAUGAACCACCUUCAAAAUGUACUCGCUUGCUUUGCAUGAUUAAUGCAAUAAUACUCCCUUCCUCAUGCUUAUUGAGAUAGUCUAGUGUUUUGUGAAAGGUGUAAACUUGUUUUAGAAUGCUGUACUUACCUUUCCAUACAAGCUCAUUCCUUCUGAGAAUCUGUGUGUGGGAGACAUGCUGUAUUUGAGCACACUACACAUUUAAAGCUCCCUACUACCACCAUUCAUCCAAAACUGUCAUUGUAUGUAACACAAAACAACACUUGGCCUGUUAAAAGGAAGACUUCUACAUGCAAAGAGCAGUGAGUAGAGGUGUGGCUUCUGAGGGAUUCUGUUACAGCUUCCCUGUAUUAACACUAAAAGUAAUUGGGUAUUUGUUAAAGGUCCUCCCAUAAACAGGGAUUUGAAUAUCCGAGAUCCCAUUUUUAAUCAUUUUCAGAGAUGUUUCCAGGCAGCAAUCAGGAGAUCUUUCUUAUUAGAAAGUCAGAUUAUUACUGUGUUGGCUGUGACAUCCCCUUAAUGUAAUUAACUGGCUCUGUGGUAAGAGAUAUGCUGAUCAUUACCACUUGGAGAUAUUGCUAAAGACUAUAUGUAUGGGAAAAUGUACACCCCUAAACAGAAAGGAGUUAUUAAAAUAAAGUAAUUCACAAACCUCUCAGCACUAAUUAGUGUCCAACUGUAAGUGGGUCAUUUCUUUAGGAUGAUAUUAAAGGCUUAUUAGUGUUAUCACUUUUCUUUUUUCCUUAGCCCAGUGACUUAGAAUUUGUCAUUCCUAUAUUUUAAAUUUUCUGUGCUAUCUGGCAUGAAAAUAAAACACUAUUAUAUAUACCAAAAAAUAAACCACUUUCUAGCCCUCUGCCCUGAACAGUCCUUUAGCAUCCAUGUUUUGAAGACUGCUUCAUCCAAGUGCUUCAUCCAAAUGCUUUAAAGGCACUUCCUUUACCCUCCACACAUUUCUUCCGAAGGGUAGAAGAGCUCAUAGAGUCCUUUUGAAGGUGGUAUGUCUCAUCACUGAAUUAGAAACAGUUUAAUUAGGUCAUCAUUUGUGGUGAUGACGUUUGCAGAGCAUGCCAUUCUCCCCACUGCUGCUUAAAACUUGAAGGCAAACGAUCAGAAGCCAUCCUAAAGUGCCUGUGUCACACACUGUCUAAGAGGCUUGUCACUGCAGUAGCACUUGGGUAUGGCUCUGUCAUCUGUCCCCACGGUAGGAAGCAAAUCAUCUCCAAAGCUUACUCUCUGUGUCCUUUUGGGUUUUCACCCCUAGCUUAUUUUGUGGCUUUUAAAACAGUAGAUUAUAUUGUGAAUUCUAUGAUUCCUGGUGGCCAGUAUCCUGGAUUCCCUGUCUUUGCGAUCUUGCCUCUUUCCCCCUCCUAUGAAGCAGCACACAUUGUAUUAACUUGUGUCUCUUGUUAAAUGAGGUUAAUGUCUUUGUGUUUUGUCCAAAGCUAUAUUGAAAAUAUAAUUAUAUUGUUCAGUGCAAAUGAAGGAAUGCAAUAAAGAGUAAAUUUAUCUGAAAA